AUGCUACAGUCCAAAGAGACCCCAUACAGCAAGGUCGUCAGAGACCGGAUCGUCUUGGUCAUAGCUCUCUUUGUCUUCUGUUUAGGCGCUCCACUCUUUCUUUACACGACUCGCGUCCACAGAGCGGAUCUUCCCGUUCUCGAACUAGACCAACGUGUUGAAACGUUUGCAGACUCCGUGAAAUUUCGUAUCCCAGUAUAUGUCAAUUCCACUAAUGAAGCUGCAAUUGCACAAAUUCAAAGCGCAACCGACAAUUACAUCUCAACGACCACAAACUUAGAUCUGUUGUGGAGUCUCGAGUUCAGGCCAUACACACAAGAGAUUGACUCGUACCAGGACUAUGUUCUCUCUUUAAUUGAAGACGACGAGUCAUCGCUGGAUCAUUUGACACAAUCGUUUGUGUUGUCCCCAUUUUCGAAGGGUAUCACAGUUGUCCUGCCUUCGUCCUUAAGCAUAUCGAAUGUUUCACAAUAUGUGACGGAGGUGCUAUUCAAUCAAGUGUUUGGAAGCGAGAUUCAAAUGUUUUCUGCUCUCAAAAGCAAUUCAUUAUCUUCAGACAUGUCUUUUCCCUAUUCUACAGUCUUUAAUGUUGUAUUCAACUUGUUUGUUCAGGAUGGCACCCCGGUUGAUUGGGCGAUUGCAGAAGCAGUUCCUCUGAUGCAGCCUAUCUUUCAAGCUUUGCAGCAUUAUUGCAAAUUCAAGGUGAGUACACAAAUCCAAUACUAUUCUAAGCUCACCAACGAGCCAACAUUCAACGAGGAGCAAAAUGCAAAUAUAAUCUCUCAGGAAAAUCUACCAACGUUCGUCAAUUUCGGGGACUGGAACCUCCAUAAUCAUGAAGUGACACCCUCUAUCAAUUUUGUCAUCUAUUUCUCUGAGCUGAACUACGAGAAUAUCCCUCUCCUCGUUGAAGGUUCUGAAACUAAUUCCUUUUCAAUCCCUCAAUGGGGCGGUGUAUACAUCUACAAUCCUGCGUUACCGCCUUUGGAAGGAUCGCGCAUAAAGAUCUCGGAGUCAGAGCUCAACAAAAUUUUGGAUAUUUUUGCCUCUCAACUUUUCGAGCUCUUGGGUGUUCCAUCUGAACCCGUUUCUCCGUUAAUGAGAAUCGAUUCAUUCCAAAGAUUUUCCAGUUACAAGAAUUUGAAGCGUUCCUUGGAUAACUUGUCUGCUUUGGUCAAACUUUCCAAUUCGCUCAUCGGAAUUUCCAUUCCUGAGGCAACCAAAACGAAUGUCGUAGACUCAAUGGCUCGUUUUGAUGAAGCCGUGCAAAACCUAUCAGUAGCCGAUUUUUCUCAUGCACUCGAAAAUUCUGGAAUUAGUUUGGAAAGCUCUGACAAGGCUUUCUUCGAGAAAGAAAUGCUUCAACAAGCGCAUUUCCCCAAUGAGCAUAAACUCGCCAUUUUCCUGCCUCUCCUUGGACCGAUUUGCUCUAUUGUUCUUUUCGGAAUCCUCAAGAGGUUCAUUGCAUGGAAGAAAAACAGAAGCGCUCUCUCCCAAACAGAAAAAGCUAAAAAGGAGAUCUAA